AUGACUCGUCACAAGAUGGCGCUGCGUGCCAAUAGAGGGCGCCAAUAUCGACCGCAGCGCUUGUUCCAGCAGUACAAGGUGUACUACACGACCAAUCCUGACCUGGUGAUUGCAGAGUGGUCAAGCAUGCUGGUGAUCGCAUAUCAAACUUGGGGGGGUUUCACCAUAAUCAAUGACUUGACGCCUUUAAUCGUCUAUACCGUCCGAGUCCAGGCAUACACCAACAACGGGCCCACCCCGAUCUCAUUGCCUAUUCAAGUAAAAACACAAUACCGAGGUUGCAUUUCUGAUAUUUCAUUAUCAUCAUCUGUGGGCGAACGACCAAUCUCUCCAUUCAUACAACGUUUCUCAUCAUCAUAA